AUGCGGCUGCCCGGCAGCAGCGGGCUGCUGGCCCUCAGCUCCCUGGCAGCUCUGCUGCUGACCAGUGGUCCACUGGUCCCGUUUGCUGCUGCUAAGCGGCAGGGCCCGCAGCUGGCCUCCUCUUUGUCCCCGCUGUCUGCUGCAGAGCUCUCCCUCCGCAGCAGCAGCAGCAGCAGCAGCAGCAGCAGCAGCGGGCCGGAGGAAGCUGCAGCAGAAGACGAGGAGGCCGUGCUGCAGUCCGAAGAAGCCUGCGAAGGCCAAGCAGCAGUUGCUGCUGUGCUGCAGCAGGAACUGGAGAGUCUGCAGCACCCGACUUCUCCUUGGGUGCAGCUUUUGGCGAAGUUGACAGCAGCAAAAGACAACAAGCAAGUUUGCAUGCACUCGGAGGCCCCCCCGGCGCUGUGCGAGCUGCCAGCAGCAGCAGCAGCAGCAGCAGCAGCAGCAGCAGGGGGCCCCCAGCUCAGCUGCGGGGGCCCCCAGUACCAGAAACUCAUUGGGUCUUUUGUGGAAGCAAAGAACUGCAUUUUGUCUUUGGCAGUGACGCAAACUUUGCUGCAGAACUGGCAGGGUCACUUGGGGGCCCCUGGGAUAAUAAGUUUGCUGCUGCAGCAGUACGCUGCAGCGCAGCAGCAGCAGCAGCUGGACGCGGAGCUGGCAGCAGCCUACGCUGCUGCUGCUGCGCUGCUGCAGCAGCUGCAGCAAAGCGCAGCAGAUGCUGCUGCUGCUUUCCACUCUUUAGACAUCAAAGCUGUGCUGCUGAAAAGAAGAAGAGAAUUAACUUCUCUCUUUUGCGCCUUGGGCUGGGGCAAGGAGGAGGGGUCUGCUGCUGCUGCUGCUGCUGCUGCUGCUGCUCUCAGCAGCAACGUUUUUGCUGCUGGCAGCGUUGUCGUGCUGCGGGGGGACUUCGAAGACAGCCAAAACGAAGCUGUUGCUGCUUUUGCUGCUGCAGUGGACGCCUUUGGGGUGUACGUACAGCAGCUGCUGCAGCAAGACGGCUUCCUCGACAGAGCAGCAGCAAUUCAUCAGCAGCUGCAGCAAUUCAAACUUUCAAAACUUAAUUCCAUUUUCUCUCAACUGGAAGCAAAAGCAGCAGACGGAGAAGACCAAAUGGCCCUCCUCAGCGUCAUGCCUUCCGGCAGAAGGCGCCACAGGAGGCACAGCAGCAGCAGCAGCAGCAGCAGCAGCAGCAGCAGCAGCAGCGGCGCAGGCGCUGCGGCGGAACAGCCCGAAACGGUCUUCCUGCAGACGCAGGACGCGCUGCUGCAGCAGCAGCAGCAAAACGAAGCUCCUGCUGCGCUCCCAGCAGCAGCAGCUGUCCUCGGUGCUGCGCCUGCUGCUGCAGCAGCAGCACCAGCAGCAGCAACAACUGCUGCAGCAGCCCCGCAGACGCUGCCAGCAGCAACUCCUGCUGCAGCAACGAACGCAGCAACAACAGCCUACCUGACUGCUCCUGCAGUGCAGCCGCAGCCGCAGCCGCAGCAGCAGCAGCAGCUGCUGCUGCAGCCGCAGCAGCAGCAGCCGCAGCAGCCGCAGCUGCAGCAAACGCAGCUGCAGCAGCCGCAGGCUGCUGCUGCCGUCCCAGCUCAAGCAGCAGCAGUUGCUCCUGUUGCUGCUGUCGCUCCUGUUGUUGCUGCUGCUCCUGCGGCUCCUGCAACUGUUCCGGUUGCUGCUGCUGCUGUUCCUGCUGCUGCUGCUGUUCCUGCUGCUGCUGCUCCUCCUGCAGCGCCAGCAGCACUGCCAGCUGUCGAGACACCCCAGACAGCAGCAGCAGCAGCACCAACUGUCUUCAGCGGGGGCUCAGAUGCAGCAGCAACUCCAGCAGCAGCAGCAGCGCCAGAAGCAGCACCAGCAGCAGCACCGACUAGCGCUGCUGCUGCACCUGCUGCUCCGCAGCAGCAGCAAGGCGGCUCCCCGCCCUCCCCCGCAGCAGCCCCAGCAGCAGCAGCACCAGCAGCAGCAGCAGCAGCAGCAGCAGCAGCACCAGCAGUGUCCAUUCGGGAACGCCUGGAAACUAUGGCCAGAUCUCUGAGGUUUUUUGCUGUUGAUGAAAAUAAAGAACUCACUUUUUCUGCUGAUCUUGAGGGUUUGGAAAAAGCCAUUAAGGCAGGAUACACGGAUAUAACGUGA